AUGAUGUCCAACACUUCAUCAUCCGCACUCGUUUUUUCUCUACUAGCUCUUUACUUCACCGUCAGCGUCACCGCCCUCACUUCAAAUACUUCCGACCACCACCUUGGAACCGUAUGCGGCGAAAAACAACUUCCUAAACCAACUACUCCACAUGUUGUUCCAUUAGCACCUCAUCCUAAACAAAAACCAGCACCAUUAACUGCUCAACAUAAGCCAAAGCCAUCAGUCGAGCCAUCAAAGGUAGUGAAGUUGAUGCCUUCCAAAGAGAAGCCAACACAAGCCACAUCAAAAGUGAACUUGACUCCUAAGCGAAAUCCAACACCGGCUCCAACAACAGUUCAACACCAUAAUGAAUCACCAAAUGUGAAACUUUCUCCAAAGAAAAACCCUAGAGUAGUAUCAUUGAAGAACAAUCUAGACUCGUCAUGUCCACAUGGAGUUCCAUCAAAGGCGGUAAAGGCGAAGAGUUCAGAUAGAGUUAUUCCGUCGUCUCGUAAACAGAUGCAUAACCCUGACUCCGCUUUGUACAUCACAGCUAAUAGCGAAUCCGCCUCUUAA